UCUCAUAUCUAUAUCUAUAUCUAUAUCUAUAUCUACAUCUACAUACCCAGCCAGGUACCUCCCCAGGUAUCUCUCUACAUGAUCUUGGGAUUCUCUUCUUGACCAACGUUUCUUUUCUCUCUUCUUCAAUCAUACAUUUUCUUCCAAGAAUUCUUUUUCUAAUUGUCGAUUUCGAGUUUGAAUGCUUCUUCGAUCGAUGAGGGUGGAGUGUGAGAAUUUAUAAAGUUUACAAGGUUAUAGUACUUACUUGUCUUGUUAUCUACCGUCAAAUCAUCGUCAAAUCAUCGUCAAAUCCUCAUCAUCAUUCAUAUUCAUGUCGGUCAAAACGGAAAAUGUUAAAUGGGUUGAUGGUCUUCGAGGAAUAGCAUCCCUCCUCGUCGUAGCAACCCACAUCGCACGAGCCUUCGAUCCCGAUCUUUUCCUCGCCAGUUCCGGCGAAGGAAUCCGUCCACGUCUUCUUCAACUUCCCAUCCUUCGCAUUCUCCCUCAAGGUCGCAUUGGAGUUACCAUUUUCUCUCUCGUCACGGGGUACGUCUGCGCUCUGAAACCCAUCCGACAAUGUCGCGCGGGUAAUCCCACGGCCUGUUUCAAUACGAUUUCUCGCUCGGCGUUUCGACGAGUUCCACGUCUGGUUUUACCAACGACCAUUGCCACGACGAUUAUUUGGUUUUUGUGUCAGUUUGGCAUUUACAAGGUCGCCAAGAGAUCGGAUAGUUGGUGGAUUGAAGCGACGAGUCCGGAUAUCACGCCGUAUUUUGGUGAUGCGUUCAAGAGUUUGUUGUAUCAUUUGAUUACGACGUGGACUAGAGGUUGGAAUAUCUAUGAUGGGAAUCAGUGGACUUUGUUGCCGUUGUUGAAGGGGGCAAUGUUGGUUUAUGUUUUUAUGUUGGGAACGGCGGGCAUGAAGGCGAGGUAUAGAAUGAUGUCUAGUAUGGCAUUGUUUGUUUAUUUUUAUGUGGCGAAUGAUUCUGCAUUUGGAAUGCAAUUCUUCUUUGGAACAUUUCUCUCAGACCUCUCUCAACAUCCACCCCACAUCGAAUGGCUCAAAACCGUUACAUGGCCCCGCUAUUACCUCGCUCCCUCACUCAUUGUCCUCGGGUUAAUCUUCGCCUCGUACCCUGAAGGAAAACCCGAACUCCAAGCGUGGUCACAAUCCCUCUAUAAUCUCUCACUCUGGAUUUUCCCCAACGAUCCUGAUGUGCCUCGUUUUUACUCGGGACUCGGUCUCGAACUUAUCGCCCUCGGAAUCCAUUUCUCCCCUCUGUGUAAAGAUUUCCUCGCGAAUAGAUAUUUGCUCUGGUUUGGUAAAAAUUCGUUUGCUGUGUAUUUGAUUCAUGGAACGCUUUUGAGGACGUUGUUGAUUUGGAUGCUGUAUGGGGUUUCGAUGCCGGAGGAUACGGUGGAUGAUAAGGGAGAGACUGUUAGGGGGGUACUGCAUAUGUGUGGGAGAUUUAGGUGGUAUAGUAUGUUGUCGGUUUGGUUUGUGAUUUUGUAUGCGAUGGCGAAUGCGUGGACGAAGUGGGUAGAUCCUUGGUGUGGGAGGGUAACGCAGAGGUGGGAAAGAUACGUUUUCGAAGAGGAUGGAGCGAGAGAGGUGGUGGUGGAUGCGAGAGGGAAAAAUGAGGGUGCUGAUAAGGGGUUGUUGGGUUAGGGGUGAGGGGUGAGGGGAAGGAGAUUAAUACAAUACAUGGGUGUAUGUAUGUCUAUAUGUAUAUAUGUAACGAGAUAAAUCAAACUUGAAUUGCUGGAAUGAUUGUAUUGGAGUGGUGAUUUAUUAUUUGUG